AUGUUGAAGUCGGAGGGGUCGUUGAAGCUUGAAAAUGAUACGUCAAGCUCUUCUCCUCCGCAAUCAGAUGAUACAAAAUCCGAAUCGAAAGAAAAUAAUUCGUCACCACCACCACCACCGCUAAAUUCAAAUUCUGAUUCAGAUUCGAGUUCGAAUUCAUCACCUUCCACCGAUGAUUCUUCAAAUAGAAAUCCAUCUCCGUCUCCUGAUCAAUCACCACCGUCACCUUCACCACCACCACCGCCAUCGAAUAAGAGUUUACCUCCGACCGAGUCACCAUUAGAAUUGCCACCAUCUUCGCCACCACCUCCUCCUAAGAAACAAUCACCACCACCUCCGAGCCCUUCCAAGAAGGAACCACCAUUGUCACCGUCACCACCUCCUCCUCAAGAGGAAUCACCGCCAACAUCACCACCACCUUCUCCUAAGCAACAAUCAACACCACCACCACCUUCCGACAGCUCUUCUCCUCCCCUGCCCUCUUCUCCGUCUUCGACACCUACUCCGCCACCUCCGACAUCUUCCAAAACCCUGAAAUCACGGACAAUUUCACCUCCAUCAAAAAAUACAUCCACUAAAUCAUCACCGGGAUCUUCUCCUCCUGCGCUAGUGCCGAGCACGCAACAGAGCUCCUCUAAUGUAAGUCGUGCAUCUUCACCUUCAGGAGGAGGCUCUAUGACUGAAACACAAGCCAAUAAGACGGUGACGAACUCUGUGUAUGGAGUUAUGAUCAAUGUGGCGGUGGCUGGGGCGUUAUUCGCCGCCGUCUUCAUCGCCUUGUUUUUUUUCCUGAAGAGGAGAAGAAAGAGGAAACAACAAGCUCUCACUGGGAAUUAUACGCCGCCACCCGGUAAUAUUGAAGUGAAAUCAGAUUCGCCUGGCAAAGGAUCACCUAUGGUGUACUAUAGUCCGGAGUCGGGUAUUAGAGCCGGUUCGAAGACACAUUUCAGGUACGAAGAGUUGAUGGAAAUGACUGACGGGUUCACUCAUGACAACAUCAUCGGAGAAGGCGGGUUCGGGUGGGUUUACAAGGGUCGAUUGCCCGACGGCAACCUCGUGGCCGUCAAGCGACUAAAAGUCGGCAGCGGGCAAGGCGAUCAAGAGUUCAAGGCCGAAGUCGAGAUCAUAAGCCGUAUUCAUCAUAGGCAUUUGGUGUCUUUGGUAGGGUAUUGCAUUGCCGAGAAUCAAAGGCUGCUCAUCUAUGACUUCGUUGGGAAUAAGACUCUUGAGCAUCAUUUGCAUGGUAAAGAUAUGCCGGUUCUUGAAUGGUCCAAAAGAGUCAAGAUUGCUAUCGGAGCUGCCAAGGGUUUGGCAUAUUUACAUGAAGAUUGUCAACCAAGAAUUAUCCACAGGGACAUUAAGUCGGCCAACAUUCUGUUGGAAUAUGAUUUUGAAGCACGUGUGGCAGAUUUUGGACUUGCAAGACUUAACGACACUAGUCAAACCCAUGUUUCAACUCGAGUUAUGGGAACAUUCGGGUAUUUAGCACCGGAAUAUGCAUCAAGCGGAAAGUUGACGGAUAGGUCCGAUGUAUUCUCUUUCGGGGUUGUGCUUUUAGAACUUAUAACCGGCCUCAAACCCGUUGAUCCGGCUCGACCUUUGGGAGAUGAAAGUUUGGUCGAAUGGGCGAGGCCUCGACUUCUCCAAACCCUUGAAAAUGGCGAUUACAGUGAACUAAUUGAUCCUCGACUUGAAAAGCGUUACGUAGAGAGUGAAGUAUUAACAAUGAUCGAGGCAGCUGCCGCUUGUGUGCGGCAUGCCGCUGCAAAGCGGCCUCGCAUGUCACUGGUGGUAAGAGCAUUGGAUUUUGAGGGGACCGAUUUGUCGAACGGGGUGAAAGUGGGUCAAAGCACCACUUAUGAUUCCAGCAAAUACAGUGACGAAAUUUCAAUAUUCAGGAGGACCGCAUUCGGCAGCGACUAUGGCUCCGAAUUUGACAAUUUUAGUGAAGAUUUCAGUUCCAGGGAGCUGUCAUAUGGGCAUACUUCAUGGAAAUCCGAGUACAGCUCGGGUGAGUUCAUGAGCGGCGAGUCAGAAGUUCAACCCUUUAGAAAGAGCGGUGCGUUUAGUGACGGUGUCAGAUCGGGGAACUACGGCGGCGGCCGCUUCAAAUGA